CACAACAAAUUGAUUUGACUUUGGAAAAAAAUUGAUAUUUUCGAUCGAAAAGGAAAUCCUUUUUUUAAAGAAAAGCAAUUUUUUGCGUUUAUUCCCAAAAUCGAAGCGAAAAAUUGGAGACAAAAAUUGUGCGCACGUUAAUUUACCGUUAUUUCAAAUAAAUGGAAGAGGCCAUUGAUUUAAAUGAAUUUGAAUUACAAAAUGAUGAAAAAGUUAAUCAUACUGGCAAUGGGGAAGGGAAUGGUGACAAUAUUUUUAUUAAAAAUACAAAAAGUGGACAAGUAUUGGUAGUACCUUUUGCCGAAGUUGCCAAUUUCUAUGGGUUUGAGGAGGUUAGUCCGCCUCAUGAAACAGAAGCUCCUAAAGAAACUGAACCUAUAGAAGCUAAUCCAAUCGAGGAUGAACCUAAAAUUGCGCCACAGUCGUUAAAUAUAGACAAAUCCAAAGGCUACAACUGCAGUGUCUUAGCUUUCGCUUGGAACGACGAACAGACGCAAUUCAUGCUCGAGCAAUAUGAAAAGCUAAUAAAUUGUGUUGGCAAAUUUAAAAUGUUCAAAACAAAGAAACUUAUGUGGGCUUACAUAGCUAAACUAUUAGAGAAAAAGUUUCAUGUCCAAUUAACUGGUAAAAAAGUAGAAACACGUUAUAAAGUCGUGCUAAGAAGGAAAAAUGUCGAUGUGACGCCUCCUUGUAAGGUUGUCUACAAUGAUUCGACUCCAAUUGAUGAGUCAAUUUGUAGUGACACACCAUCAGAAUCGUCUGCAAAUAGAUUUCAAAUAAAAUCUGGUGUCUUUAUUGUGAAGCCGUCAGCAGCGGCAACAAGUACAUUGGAUUGUUAUGAUGAAGGACCGUCUACCUCACGGGUAUCUACACUUCCGCAACAAUCAGAAGUUACAAUCGCAGUUCAAUCAAUAACAAGCUUACCGGCCGAAUCUACUAGCGACAACGAUGAACCCUUAAAUGAGCAAACAAAAUCCGACGAAGAAACAAUGGUGGAAAAGAUGAUUGACCUUAGGAACCAACAUAUUUUGAACUAUUUUGUGAUGAAAGAGAGAAGAGGGGAGGAAAGAAUACAGAGACAGCGACAAUAUAAUGAUGAAAAAUUAAAAAUCUUGAAAAAAUUGGUGGCACAAACCAAAAAAAUAGAAAAAAAUAAAUAGCACAACAAAAGUUGUCGUUGUAGUCGUUUCAGUUCUAAUAAAUUUAAGUUAUUUAGUAGACAA